UGCAGGGAGAUUGCGGACGGCCAGGCUGCAGCACCAGGAAGUAAGACCCACAGAGGGGACGGUUCGAUGGCAGAGUUGGAGAGGUUGGCGGAUGAACUUCUGGCAAAGCCCUGGAGCCCCGUGCACAUCGAGGACUCUCCCUUCCUGCUGAAGGCCUCGUUCAGCCAAGCCGCCUACAGGCUGAUGCUCUCCGAUCUCAGCAGCGUCUGGUGGGAGGAGGUCGACUCGGACAGUCUCAAGCAGAGGGCACAGGAAUUGAACAAGCGUCUGAAGGCACCGGCGUCUGCGUUCUGCCGCCACCUCUCUGGGCUGCUGGAGCCUCUGCUGGGAAACGGGGGCCGCAGAUUACUCCCCGGCUUCACGUGCCAGCGAGCCGGCAGCGGGCUCACGGUCAGCUUGAGGAGCGAACUGGCUGAAGUCCCCUUCUAUUGGGCUUUCCGCUGUGUCGAAGCCCCCCUCAGCAUGGUGUCCCACCACAUGGUCUGUCCACUACUGACCAUGAUGCAGGCUCUGCACAGGCAGACUGUGGACCUCACGCUGCUCUUACAGAGGAAGGACGCUGAGAUUCUGGACUACAAGGAAAGCGGAGGCGUGCUCAGUCGUGAUCGCUUGGCCACUGACGUUUUCAAUGCGGUGGAGUUCAAGGAAAGAUUUAUCGCAGAGAGUCUGGCCGAGGCCGUUGACGUGCACGAUGGCAGUAUGUUUAACCCCGAGCUCCAAAAACUCUACACGACCAUAAUGGCAGCCAAAGCAAGUCGCAAAAGAAGGCACAGUUCAGGGGAAGACGACAAUCAAAAGCAUCAGCCCGGCCUCGGAGAAGCUCAGGAAGUGGUGACGGCCGGAACAGAGAAGGAAGAAGUCGCGCCAGCCGCUGCCGAGAGCCCCGAGGUUAAAAAACAGACUCCUCGAAAGAUCCGUAGCUCUGCGACUGUGAGCAGCCCGAACCGCGACGCCGUGAAGCAGAAGAGGAAGAAAAAAGGAAUUUUUAGUUGAUUUUUAAUGAAUCCAGGAGGUGUUUUUUUUAAACCAGGAGGCACUUUUAACCCACUGAACCCCUCUGCCCUUGUUAUGUGUUCGGUGGCGAGGUCGUUUGUCACCUUGCUCUUUUAACCUUUGAUGUCAACGUCCGAUGACAUUGGUGUCCGAGGGAUUUGCUGCACAAACUCUUAGAACCACAGGGACCUAAACCACAAAACGGAGCAGUCUCUCGCCAGUGUCCCCCCCCCACCGUGGUCGCCAUGACGAUUGUCUCUCUCUCCGAAGGCCGCAAAAUGGCCGCCUGAUUUUAUUUCUAGGCUCCUCCGGUGAUGUCUUAGCGGGGAUCCAGCCUCAAGAACUGCGAUGGGAGAAUGGGGAAGAGAGGGGAGAUCGAAGGGUGGGCUGCACAUUACAUGUGUGCAGGAAGGAACUGCAGAUGCUGGUUUAAACCAACGUUAGACACAAAAAGCCGGAGUAACUCAGCGGGUCAGGCAGCAUCUCUGGAGAGAAGGAAUGGGCGACCUUUUGGGCCGAGACCCUUCUGCAGACUUCUUAGUCUGAAGAAGGGUCUCAACCUGAAACGUCGGCCCAUUCCUUCUAUCCAGAGAUGCUGCCUGGCCCGCUGAGUUAUUCCAGCAUUUUGUGCCUAUCCUCUUUAAGCGGAUGUCAGAUAUAUUAAUUUGAAGAUUUAGACACAAGGAACUGCAGAUGCCGGUUCACAACACACAAAAAAAAAGUAAUGCAGUGCUGGAGUAACUCAACGGGUCAGGCCACAGCUCUGGAGAACAGGGACAGCUGACGUUUCGGGCCAGACUGGAGAAGGGUCCCCACCAGAAAUGACACCUAUCCAUGUUCUCCACAGAUGCUGCCUGACCCGCUGAGUUACUCCGGCACUCUG